UGUCGGUGUGGACAAACUCUGAAUGUGUUGUGUGAAGGAUCAUCCUGCAACAGCGGGGAGCGAUGCGUGGGCCAGCGGUGCUUCACCUCCCUCUCCAUACAGAACGGGACGUCGAUAUUUCAGAGGGGCUGCAUUGUGAGCGAUGAAGAAGGGUCUCCACGCUGCGGAAACCCACCAACACCUGAGCUGGUGGUAGUGUGCUGUUUUGGAGACUUGUGUAAACACCAACAUCUCCUUGCAGUUGCGGUGAAAGAUACGGAACCGUCUGCUGGCAGACCAGUCCUCAGGGAGCAGGAGUGUGCGUGCGAGGGCGGCGUGUGUGAGCGUGACCGUCGCUGCACGGGCCAGCACUGUUUCUCCUCUCUGAAGACGAUUGAUGGGGUGGCUGUCCAGCAGAAGGGCUGCCUGAGGGACGACGAGGAGGGCAGAGCCACCUGUGCCACGCCACCCUCAUCGGCUCGCGUUGUCAAGUGCUGCCAGGGCCAUCUGUGUAACAUGAACGUCACUGUGCAAGCUCCGGGGAAAGAGGUGGAGGGGAAGCCCUUGAUGAAAGAAGAGCACGAGUGUGUGUGUGAGGGCAGCUCAUGUGUGACAGGGAAGCGCUGCAUGGGCCACCAGUGUUUCUCCUCCUUGACGGUCAGCGGCGGCUCACUGGUGUACCAGAAAGGCUGCUUUAAGGUCUAUGAGCAGAGCACGUUGACCUAGACCCCACCUCCCAGAGACCAGAUUGUGGAGUGCUGCCACGGGCACCUUUGUAACAUGAACAGCACGGUGCAGCUUCCUGUUAAAGCUGAUGAGCCUCCCAACUACAGCGUGACCACACUGGCUUUAGUCAUCGUCGGGCCCAUCAUCGUCCUCAAUCUCUCUGCCAUCGCUAUCCUGGUGUUCAGGCGCAUCCAUCACAACCAAAUGGAGAGGCUCACAUCCCGAGAUGCAGAAUAUGGAACUAUUGACGGCCUGAUAGCGUCCAAUGUGGGGGAGAGCACUCUGGCGGAUCUGCUGGAUCAUUCCUGCACGUCAGGAAGCGGCUCCGGACUCCCUUUUCUCGUUCAAAGAACCGUUGCACGACAAAUCACACUCAAUGAGUGUGUGGGCAAGGGCCGUUACGGUGAGGUGUGGAGGGGUCAGUGGCAGGGAGAGAGUGUCGCCGUGAAAAUCUUCUCCUCCAGAGACGAGAAGUCCUGGUUCAGAGAGACGGAGAUCUACAACACAGUGCUGCUGAGACAUGAGAACAUCCUGGGCUUCAUAGCAUCAGACAUGACCUCGAGGAACUCCAGCACUCAGUUAUGGCUGAUCACUCACUUCCACGAGAUGGGCUCCUUGUAUGACUACCUUCAGCUCAGCACCCUGGAUGCAUCCGGCUGCCUCCGCAUGGCGCUCUCCAUCGCGAGCGGUCUGGCACACCUCCAUGUUGAGAUCUUCGGGACUCAGGGCAAACCGGCCAUUGCCCACCGUGAUCUGAAGAGCAAAAAUAUACUGGUUAAAAAGAACGGGCAGUGCUGCAUUGCUGACCUGGGUCUGGCAGUCAUGCAUUUUCAAGACACAAAUGAGUUAGAUGUGGGAAAUAACCCCAAAGUGGGCACAAAGCGCUACAUGGCCCCUGAAGUGCUUGAUGACUCCAUCCAGAUGGACUGCUUUGAGUCCUACAAGAGGGUGGACAUCUGGGCCCUCGGGCUCGUCCUGUGGGAGGUCGCCAGGAGAACGGUCAGCAACGGCAUCGUAGAAGACUACAAGCCACCUUUUCAUGACGUAGUCCCGACUGAUCCCAGCUUUGAGGAUAUGAAGAAGGUUGUGUGUGUGGAUCAACAAAGACCCAACAUCCCUAACAGAUGGUUUUCAGACCCAACUUUAACCUCCAUGGCUAAACUCAUGAAGGAGUGCUGGUACCAGAAUCCAUCGGCCAGAUUAACAGCGUUACGCAUCAAAAAGACUCUCACAAAGAUCGACAACUCUCUGGACAAAAUCAAAACAGACAUUUGAGCCUGCCUCGAGGAGAAGAAGAGGCGGACUACGAAAGGAGGACAUCCAGAGGGUAGAUCAUCAUAGAGGAAAUCACAAGACAAGAGACUUGAUGGAUUCAGUGCCCUUAUAGUGGCACAGACCUAUAUAUUUAUUUUAAAACACUUGGCGGGACACAUUUUGGCAUCCAAAGAUGGCUUACCGGACAUUUCUGAGACUGUCAGCGGUCUUGGAAAUAGAAAAAUAUCUAUUCAAUAAUGACAUAGGAGCUGGAUUGUUAGCAUUGUUCUUCAAGGAAGAAACUGAGCAUUUGAGUAGGCUUUGUUUUUGGUAGAACAGCAGGUUUUGUUUGACACAUUUUUUUAGUUUGAAAAUGUCUGAACAUAUUAACAGUUUAUCUAUUUAAUCGUACUGCCUUGUUUACUUGCAUUAUGGUGGAUUCAUUUGGAAAAACUUGCCAAUUCAACCUGCAUACUUUCUUAAUCGGUGAUCUCAACAAACACUAUGUUUCCUUUGUGUGUCAUGCACCUCUGUUUACAGUUCUGUAAGGUUUUCUGGGGAUCUCACCCCCACUGUAACAUUUAGUUAGCUCUUCUGGAAAUAUCAUCCAACUAAAGGUACUGCGUUGCAAACCGUUUUGUAUAUCACAAUGGAUUUUACGUUGAAUUAUGUAUCUGUUCAAUGUUUUGUUUCUUCAGCUUUACAGAGACAAAUGCUAAAAGAACAAAUAAAAUAUCUGCUAGGUGAUGCUGAACUCUAUUCCUCCAGAGGCCUGUAAGUAAGCCUGUAAAGCCUGUAUACUGUCUUAACGCGUGCAUUGUCAAGUAAAUGAAGUCAAACUUCA